CUCUCUCUCUCUCUCUCUCUCGCUCUCUCCUUCCUCCAUCGCAUUUUGUUUUAUUUCCCCCUUCCUCCCCACCUCCUCUCGCAAGACGAGGGUUGCAGCCCGCGGUGCGCGCCUCCCCGAGCCGCCAGGAAGAUGAACAAGCUCUACAUCGGCAACCUCGGCGAGAACGUCAGCCCUCUCGACCUGGAAAGUCUCUUUAAGGACUCCAAGAUACCCUUCUCGGGCCAGUUCCUGGUGAAGACGGGGUACGCCUUCGUGGACUGCCCCGACGAGAGCUGGGCCAUGAAGGCCAUCGAGGCACUUUCAGGCAAGCAGCGGAGCGAGCGCCUGCGGAGCCGCUCGUGCUGCCCCGCGGCCGGGAGAACGCGGGAGCAGCGAUCCAGCCGAGCUGCAUCCCCGGGUUCUGGCAGCACCACGAGUCGGAAGCUUCAGAUCAGGAAUAUCCCGCCUCACUUGCAGUGGGAGGUGCUGGAUAGUUUGUUAGCUCAGUAUGGAACAGUGGAGAACUGUGAGCAAGUGAACACUGACACGGAGACUGCAGUUGUAAAUGUAACAUAUGGCAAUAAGGACCAGGCCAGACAAGCAAUAGAAAAACUGAACGGGUUUCAGCUUGAAAACUAUUCCUUGAAAGUUGCCUACAUCCCUGAUGAGAUGGCAGCCCAGCAACCUGCGCAGCAGCAUCCCCAGGGCAGGCGCGGAUUCGGCCAGAGGGGUCCCCCCAGGCAAGGCUCCCCCGGCGCGACCACGCGGCAGAAGCCGCAGUCGGACGUUCCUCUGCGGAUGCUGGUCCCCACGCAGUUCGUGGGAGCCAUCAUUGGGAAGGAGGGAGCAACAAUCAGAAACAUCACCAAGCAGACACAGUCCAAAAUUGAUAUUCAUCGUAAAGAGAAUGCAGGUGCUGCUGAGAAACCAAUUACCAUCCACUCAACUCCUGAAGGCUGCUCAACAGCUUGUAAAAUUAUUAUGGAGAUCAUGCAAAAGGAAGCUCAAGAUACUAAAUUUACAGAAGAAAUUCCCUUGAAGAUACUGGCACAUAACAACUUUGUCGGCCGACUUAUUGGCAAGGAAGGAAGAAACCUGAAGAAAAUUGAGCAGGACACAGAUACUAAAAUCACGAUAUCGCCAUUGCAGGACUUGACACUCUAUAAUCCGGAAAGGACCAUUACAGUUAAAGGCAGUAUUGAAACUUGUGCCAAGGCUGAGGAAGAAAUUAUGAAGAAAAUCAGGGAGUCCUAUGAAAAUGAUAUUGCUGCUAUGAAUCUUCAAGCACAUUUAAUUCCUGGAUUAAAUCUGAAUGCCUUGGGUCUGUUCCCACCUUCUUCUUCAGGAAUACCACCUCCCGCAGUGAGUGUUGCCUCUGCUGCUGCUGCUGCUUCAUAUCCACCAUUUGGGCAACAGCCCGAGUCUGAAACUGUUCAUCUGUUCAUCCCAGCCUUGGCAGUUGGAGCUAUUAUUGGCAAGCAGGGACAGCACAUCAAACAACUCUCUCGUUUUGCAGGCGCAUCUAUUAAGAUUGCCCCUGCUGAAGGACCAGAUGCUAAGCUGAGAAUGGUUAUCAUCACUGGACCUCCAGAAGCUCAGUUCAAGGCUCAAGGGAGAAUCUAUGGAAAACUUAAAGAAGAAAAUUUCUUUGGACCUAAAGAAGAAGUGAAACUUGAGGCUCAUAUAAAAGUGCCAUCCUAUGCUGCUGGUAGAGUUAUUGGUAAAGGAGGCAAAACAGUAAAUGAGCUUCAAAACUUGACAAGUGCAGAAGUUGUAGUCCCUCGUGACCAGACACCUGAUGAAAAUGAUCAGGUGGUUGUGAAAAUAACUGGUCACUUCUAUGCAUGCCAGCUUGCUCAGAGAAAAAUUCAGGAAAUACUGGCUCAGGUAAGAAGGCAGCAGCAACAGCAAAAAACAUUGCAAAGCGGACAGCCUCAGCCAAGACGGAAAUAAAGGUUUAGGAAAUGGCCCAUCAGAGACAGAUGCCAGACCAAAGACAGACUGUGUGACAGAGAGACAGGUGGUGAGCACCUGUUGAAGUUUUAUGCAGAAGAUCCACCAAGCCAAUCACCUGUUCGAGGACCAGGCAACCGUUGAACGCUGUCUCUGAGAAUGUAUUCUUUAGGCUCUCUCAAACUUUUGAAACCCAGCUUUAAAAUAAGGACCCCUUCACUUCCCUUUUGUUCUAUUCUCACAAUUUAACAUAAACUCGUUAGUCUUUUUUAUUGUUCUUAUUAUUCCCCAACAACUUUAGAACUUGGUUUAAUGAAGCUUUCUCUUCUGAGUUCACUGGUUAAAAAAAAUAGAAAAGAAAAAACCAACAAAAAAAAAAAGAAAAGGCAUUGCUCUUAUAGGUCCAGUUGUAAAAGAAUAAACACAUUUGGAGGGUGGGAUUGCGGGUGGGCUAGGGUUAGAGCAAGGGUAUUGACAAGAGUUUAAGUGUUAGUCCCAAUGUUGAAACAAGUGGCAUUUUUUAAAAAGAAUUUGGUUGCAUUUUUACAUAACACUGCCAUGAAUAACCUAAGGGAAGUGUUGAAUGGUGUUGGCCAGGGCAUAAAAAGAUAAAUAUGCAUUUUACUAAACUACCUCAGGCAUUUAGUACCUCAAUGAGAAAUUGUUCCUUUUUUGCUUUUUUUUUUUGGUAUUUUGUAUACUUUAUAAAGCUAAUAGUUCUUGAGCAUUUUAUUUUUUUAAAAAAAAUUAAAAUUUGAUCAGCCACCAGCCAGGAGUACUACAGACUUAUCGGGGAAAAAUAUAGUAGAGCACUUCUAGCUGCUGGCUGAUGGGAGUAAGGUGGGUAAAAAAAACACAGCCUCAGAUUUCCUGAGGGCUUCAACACCAUCAUUUGUUUAAAAAAAAAUUCAAUGAAUGUUCAAAAGAUAGUGAAUGAUGCCAACAUUCUGAUAGCAGCAAUGCCGUUUAGUUUUCUUUUAAGAUGGGAUGAAAAAGUUUGUGACGGUACUUUUUUGGGAACAGGACAAGGAAGUGAUGGCAAGAGGCUGGGGUUGGGGGAAAAAUUUAGAAGGCUGCAAGAGGCUGAAUUUUUUUUUGUGCUACUUGAUUGAAUGCAUGAACCCUUUGUGCCUUUGACCAUCACUACCUAAUAAUGCUACAUUUAACCAUUUGCAGCCCAUUUGGACUUUGCCAUUUUGUUCAAAGAGCAAGCUUCAUCUUCAGUUUGAUAGAACACUUGAUCUGCUGGAGCAUUUUUGAGGCCAGGAGGGUCUCUGCUGUCUGCAGAUCACAUCAUACUGCUUUCAGUUACCACGAUGGGGGAAGGUCAAACAGUGUUUGAUCACAUUGAAAGAUAAUGAAAGGCUAAGUUUACAUAUCCAGCCGCUGUUAUGGGCCACACUAAGCCACUUUGAAGGUUUUGAAAACGAUUACAAGAAAAAAAAAAACAAACAAAACAACAACCUCUCUAGCCUGGCUUAUAAUAGAUGCAGCAGGAUUUAUGCACGUUCUGCAACCAACCAUUAGAGGAGAACAAAAAAAAAUGUCAAAAGGCAGGGAUAACAGGAAAGUUACCAAAUUUUUUAAUUUCCAAAUGUAAUUUGAAUGAUGAUUGUGGUAAUAGUGACACAUUCAAGUUUCUACAAUAAACUUCAGUCUACCUCAGUUUAAGAAAAAAAAAAAAUGUGGCAACACAUGGUGCAUAAAGACUGCUGUGUGUGUGUGUGCGCGUGCGCGCCUGUGUGUGUGUGGUCGACAGAGCCAUGCUAUUACCUCUGAACCUUUUUUUGUGAUGUUUUUUGUGCAUGAGAUGAUCAGAAUCACCAUGCUGCACUGAUUUGAGGGGCACAGCGAGCAAAAACAUUUGUUUCAUCAUUUUGUUAUCUACCUCUUAGGUUCAUGUUGAAAUAGAGGCAUUACUACAUAGACUAGAUAAUUUUCCCAAAGAUCAUUGUUGUACAGGUUAGAUAAUUUUGAAAAUGGUCUGAAGUGUUUUUCCUGCAUCUCUUCUUUACUAAUUGGUUUAAAAACCACAAACUUAUGUUGUAGUUUUAGCGAAGAAAAAUGAGUUUCUUUUCCUUUUUUGACAGUGACCUUCAUCUAGCCUUUAGGAUAAUUUUUUUUUCUUACAAUGAAUUUAAAUUUACUGAAGUAUGGAAAGUACAUAGCAUUUUAAUUUUUGUUGAGGCUUAAGUCAGUCGGACGUUCCUUUCUUAACAUUUGAGGAGGAUUUGACUUCAUUAUUUUCCAUUAAAAAUUACUUUACAGAUAGGUGCUGCAUUUACAUCUGCUGAUUUAAAUACUGUCAUCUCUCUUAAAUUUCUAGACUUGAUAUGGUAUCUCAUGUUUUUCUUUUCAAUUGAGACUUGGUAAUUUGGAGUAUUUUGGAGCUAGAAAGUAAAUACUGUAAAUGAUUUCAAUAUCCAGAAAGUAUGGAUCAUUUUUCAUCUGUAAUGUGCCCCCCAAUGCAGCUCUACUUGCCAGAUGCCUCUGAAUGGAAUAAAGAGUUUAACUCCUAUCAUCAGAUAAAGUUGUGUGGUGUUUUUUUAAAUUAAUGAGGCAUAGGGACAGACUGUCCCAAGUAUUUAUGGUGCUUUGAUCAAGCUGAUUUUCUGUCUGUAAUACCUGUAGGUUACUGCUGCUUAUCCAGUUAUUCCAUAGCUGCUAGGACAGGUUACACUGUUUGCACUUCCCAAAACAAGCAGUGACUUCUGUGGCUUGUCCCUCCCAUCU